GUCAUCGCUAGCUCGAUCGCGGCGGAGUACUUAGCCGACCGUGGCGCCAGUCGACUCCGACUCCGAGUCCCGAGUCGUCCCUCGGAAUCGGAUGAUCCUGCGUCGAGUGUACCCCUCCUCAUAAGAACUAUGUCUCGCAACACUGCUUGAAGUACUGCACUGUCUAUAUCCUCCUGAUUGCGUCUGGUCACAACUGGUGAAGAUAACCUGCGACACGUCCAACAUGGCAUCAAAGGUGGACGAGCUACCUACAGAGCUCAUCGUGCACGUCUUCGCUGAACUCAACUGUGCCGACUUGUUGAGAUGCAGAGAGGUCUGUCGUCUGUUUGACGCUGUCUGCAAGGAGAGUGCGGUCCUCCAAUACAAGGUGGAGCUCGCGAAAGCUGGACUGGAAGACCACCCGACUCCGAGACCGCUCAGCGCAGCGGAACGCACGCAGCUGCUCCGGAAGCACCAGGCCGCCUGGUCGUCGCUCGACAUCAGCUAUGAGGAGGUCGUGCCUAUGCUCGUCGGCCAGACCUGGGAGCUCUACGGCGGGGUGCUCGCACAGGGGCCGGACCAGUCGAGCCUGAGGUUUAGGCAGCUGCCCUCCGCGCUGAGGGGCAUCGAGGACAAGGAGUGGACGAUCGAGGACCUUGGGUUCGAGAUUCGGGAUUUCGCUAUGGACCCUGCGCAGGAGCUGUUGGUGGCCAUCCAGAUGCCGGACUCACCGACGAGUGUGUUCCAUGUUCACCUGCGCAACAUAUACACCGCCGCUCCUCACACCGCCGCGCCCAACCCUGCCGUCCUCACGCACCAGCCCGAUGGGAUGCAAGUGUCGUACAGCAUUCAAAUAUCCGGUGACCAUCUCGGCGUCUUCGUCAUGAGUGCGAACGAAAUCAGCAACGAGGUCGUGAUAUGGAACUGGAAGACAGGCGUCUGCAAGCUCCGCUACGUUGGCAGGACAUUGGACAGCUUCGCGUUCCUAUCUGAGCGGCACGUCCUCCUCGGGCUCGCGAAGCGGCCUCUAAAUCAGGCCGAGCUUCAGGCGCUCAGGACGGCGGAGGAGCCCCAGCUCCUGGUCGCCGACUUCCUUGCGGGCACUGGCGAACUGGUGAAAAUGGACGAGGCCGACUUUCUCUGCGCGUUCCACUACCCCAGUAUGGUGGCCCAAGCUGUGCCGUUGGGCAUCACUAUCCGCUCAGACCCUGCGCCUGGAUGGACACCACACCCGGACUCCCCGGUCCCGUUCUUCACCGCCCGCGAAGACCGACUGUUGGUGAUUACCUUUACUGUUUACUCCGUUUUGGAAGGGCACAUGCAAUCGUUGCUCUUCGUUCGGACGUCGACGCUUCUGUCUUACGUCGACGCUCUCAAAGGCGAGACAAAGCGUCGUUUCAGUUGGGACGAAUGGGGCCCGAACCAGACGCGGAUGAUGCGCGCGCCCCGCCACCACUCUUCCGUGUGGGUGUGCUACGUGUUCGGGAUGCGGUUCGUCACCGCCAGGAAACGGCGCGGGAAGCCAAAGUACAUCGAGGUGUACGACUUUAGUCGAUUUGCGCGCCAUCGUCGAGCGGCACCGGAACCAGGACAAGGAGAAGAGGAAGAGGAAGACAUUUUUGGUUUGGAAGACCACUGGAUGAGCGACGAGACAGAAAUGCCAGAGGGCAUCUUUGAUGACAAGGUUGCGACGUCGCUGCCCUACCACAUGCGCACCAUGAUUCCGCCCAGGGGUGACGGCGAGAAGGACUUCCAGUGCGUCAUGCUCAGCGAGGAUACUAUUAUCAUCAUGUGCAAUGACGACAGCCACCAUCGCAACAUUCGACUAUUGACGUUUUGAUCCUGGAUGGGGAUCUCGCUGGAUGCGGUCAUGAGGCGAAUCACCAUGGUUCUCCCCGUGAUUCUGCUACGCAUGAGGACGCCGACAGAGAUCGUCAGGUCGUCCUGCGGUCGCAGGCCAAUACAGCUGCGGAGACUUUGCGCUGCUCAGGCAGGCGUCCUACCGGAUAUCAGGCCUCAGGCCUCAGGAGUGAAGUCCGCGCAUCAUGGCACGGUGACGCUGUUUGCAGAAACCUCCGUCCGUGCAGCAGAACAAUGUAUCGAAGCCAAUGUAUCACAGACAGUGCAACGAGUUAUAGUGCUAUAGACCGAGCAA